AUGGCCGACGAAGCCAUCGACAGUUUGGGCUUCAUCAAGAGCCACUGGACGGCAUGGUGGGUACUCGGAGUGGCCCAUAAGCGAGUGCACUCCUGGCGUAGCCUCUACAUCUGCUACAGUGUGCUGGUCAAUGUGAUGGCCACCGCCUGCUAUCCGCUCCACUUGGGCCUGUCGCUCUUUCACAACCGCAGUCUCACCGAGGACAUCCUCAAUCUGACGACCUUUGCGACGUGCCUCGCCUGCUCCGCCAAGUGUCUGCUCUACGCCUACAAUAUUGGCAAGGUGGUUCGGAUGGAGCAGCUCCUGCGGCUGCUGGAUGAGCGUGUGAGUGGCAGGGAGCAGCGUGGCAUCUACGGCCAAGUGAAGCUGCAACUGCGCACCAUCCUGUAUGCUUUCAUUGGCAUCUACAUGCCGUGUGGUCUCUUUGCAGAGCUCUCGUUCCUCUUCAAGGAGGAGCGGGGCCUUAUGUACCCCGCCUACUUCCCGUUCGAUUGGUUAAACUCCACGAGGAACUACUACAUAGCCAACGUCUAUCAGAUUGUGGGAAUAUCCUACCAACUCAUGCAGAACUAUGUCAAUGACUGCUUUCCGGCCGUGAUGCUCUGCCUAAUCUCGUCGCACGUGAAGAUGCUCUGCUCCCGCUUCCAGGAAAUUGGCAGGGAUCCAUCCAUUGAUGCGGAAAAGCAGCUGGAGGAGUGCAUCACCGAUCACAAGCGCUUGCUCGAGCUCUUCAGAUGCAUUGAGGGAUUCAUGUCGCUGCCAAUGCUCAUCCAGUUCGGGGUCACCGCUCUAAAUGUCUGCAUCAGCAUCGCGGCUCUCGUGUUCUUUGUCAGCGAGCCCAUGGCUCGAUUGUAUUUCAUCUUCUAUGCCCUCGCCAUGCCCCUCCAGAUUUUCCCCUCCUGCUACUUUGGCACCGACAACGAGUACUGGUUUGGACGCCUCCACUACGCCGCCUUCAGCUGCAACUGGCACGCGCAGGGAAGGAGCUUCAAGCGCAAAAUGAUCUUCUUUGUGGAGCGAUCGCUGAAGAAGAGCACAGCGAUUGCUGGCGGCAUGCUGCGCAUCCAUUUGGACACAUUCUUCUCGACCCUUAAGAUGGCCUACUCCCUGUUCACGAUUAUUAUACGAAUGAGGAAGUAAUAUUUUGCAAUCCAUGAACUGAUUUCGUGGUCGUUUUAGUCCAUUAAA